ACACUAUAUAUCAGCUGCUGUAUUUAGUAGUACUUGUUGCUUAACCGUGACAUGAAAACAGAGCUCCGUGCCUUCCCCACAGAGGUGGACGACAGAGUGCGAGAAAGCCAAGAAUCUGAUGGAGAUUUCGGCAGAGGUGGUGGUGGUGGUGGUGGUGGAGGUGGAGGAGCUUCUCCCUCUCUUGCUAUCCGCUUUCUUGCAUUCUCAGCUGCUUCGUUCACAGCAGUCCGAAUAUCAUCUUCACUGCUCAAAUCAUGCAUCAUCAGCAUCCAGUAGUUCUCGCAAGGUUCUGAGGCUCUUCUUGUGCGGCGCCUCUACAAGAAACGGCAUGUACCUUUGCUGGAAAUGUCAUCGCGUGGGCCCGGCUCAUUGCAGGUACGGGGCUCAGGCUGCAGACCGAACUUUUCAGGAAAGCUCGAGGCAUCAAGCAAGACACUCUGAUCACAUUCUCAUGCUGAUCACUCCCUCCUCUCUUGAAACUAGGCCUGCAGUGGAGCACUAUUGACUUUUCUUGAUACACUACUUUCCUUCUCUCGUGUUCUCGUUGGCGGACUCCUAAAUCGUCUACAAUUGAUUCGCUACUUGCAUCAGAAUCUGAACUAGUUUGUCGCAGAGCUUCCACCCCGACUAGAGGCUCUGGAGAAACAGAAGGCCUAGCAUAGUUGUAAGAUUGUGCUAGGAUAUCUUCCUUUGGCUGCCCCGGGAUUUGUUCCCACACGAAAGGCCUAGCAUAGUCGUUAGAUUGUGCUAGGAUCUCUUCCUUUGGCCGCCCCGGGAUUUGUUCCCACUGGAAGGGAACAGAGACCGGGUUCCCCACAGGACGAGAGCAGAAGCUCUGCUCUGGUCUGUGCGGAGGAAGCCUAUGUAUGACUGGGAAGCCUUCCCUUUGACCAACUAUGUGUGAGGUCACCUUGUGGGAGUGUUUUCUUACAGAUAAUAUUGGUUGAUUGAAAUUCAGCUUCUUCUCCACCAUGUUUUUUCCAGCUCUAUUGUAAAACACAAGAAUGAACUUUUAUAGGGUUUGGAAACACUAAAUCUUCAAA